AUGAGGUUUCUACGUGCUCACCGAGGCAAUCGCAUGCAUUUCGACAGACUCCGGAAGCUCGUCGCUGUAGAAAAUCAGUUCAGCUUGCAUGCUCCGAAUGUACACACGAUGUCUGGAGCGGAACCGAGUGAGAGGAACUUUGGAAGACUCAAUCGGAAUUUUUCGAACAUUUUGUACGAUGGAGAUAUUAUAAUUAGCGAAAAGCGUUUACGCGAACUUGUUGACGACAUUGGCAGCCAGCAAUCAGGACGGAAGGCGAGGUCAAAGCGUUGGGCGUAUCGCGACAAAUUCUACCCUGACACAAUUUGGAGAACCGGCAUACCGUAUGCUUUCGAUGUGGAUUUGCGUGAGUAUCGUAAUCCUAUUCCAUUGUUCCAGUAA